AUGCUCUCCGUCCGCACCUUUGCGCGAUCUGCGCCCCGCGCCGUGGCCCGUCUCGCCCUCCGCCAGUCGGCCGUGGCCCGCCCCAGCACCUUCGUCAAGACCUCUUCCCUCAGCGCCCUGCGACCUGCCCGCGCCGCCUUCUCCACCACCGUCUUCCGAAGGGCUGCCGAUGCCGAGACCGACGAGGAGCUCUCGGCCAAGCUCGAGAGCGAGCUCCAGAUCGAGGAGGACAUGAAGGCCAGCGAGCAGGAGCCCGCCAGCAUCAAGGACUUCCUCAACAACAGCGCCUUCAAGCUGAUUGACACCCCCGGCCAGGAGGUCGUCAAGCUGGAGCGUGACUUUGGCGACGAGAAGAUCACCAUCAGCUUCUCCAUUGCCGACAUCACCAACUACGACCCCUACGCUGAGGACAGCGCUCUUGAGGAGGAGGGCCUCGAGGACGAUGCCAUCCAGAGCGGCAACGGCCAGCAAAAGGGCCGCGCCGCCGAGGAGGAGAUUGACGAGGAGCUCGAGGACGAUCUCGAGGAGGAGAACGCCGCCCCCAUCAACCUGUCCAUCGUCAUCGAGAAGCCCGGCAAGUCGGUCGGCGCCCUCAACAUCGACGCCACCGCCCAGGACGGCAACAUUGUCGUCGAGAACCUCUUCUACUACGCCGACGCCAAGGUCGCCAAGGUCGAGAGCCCCGAGGCCGCCCAGAAGCGCGCCGACGUCUACCCCGGCCCGCCCUUCGGCAGCCUCGACGACGACCUCCAGGUCCUCAUGGAGCGCUUCCUCGAGGAGCGUGGCAUCACCCAGGCCCUCGCCGUCUUCGUCCCCGACUACGUCGACGUCAAGGAGCAGCGCGAGUACACCCGCUGGUUGAGCAACGUCAAGGGCUUCAUCGAUGCUUAA